ACAGAAAGUUUCGACAACUAGUAGCUGAACAAACUCUUAACUUCUGUUGUUGGGGAAAAGAGUUAAGUUAGAACUUGGAAGAAUGAGUAGAGGAGGGUGAGGGGACUGAAGCUUCCAUCCUUUCCUAUGCAAACCAAACCUUGUAAUUCACGAACUAACAGCCAAUGGGUAUUUGCCACGUACCCACUAAAGAGCAAAAAUGACCAAGUGUCAAGUUCCACCUGUUUUCUGUCCAGCAAAACAAUCCCACCACCACCACUUGGAUUGCAGCAAAAAUAAAGUCAUUGGAAAUGGUGAAGCACAUUGCAUGAAGAACAUAUACUUAUGGUGAGAGAAAUUAAGAGUAGCAUUGGGGUUUCCGCAUAAUUGGUUGGCAAAAUCGCCAACUUUUUUUCUUUUUUAUUUUAUCAUCGGACCCUCCAAAGAUCUUUACCUAAAACAGCCUGAAAUGAAACCUGUGUGUCACUCAAGUUUUGCAUAAAUCUAUUGAACCUUUUGUAAAAAUUGAUUUAUGAAAGUUAUUUGCUUUGAGUAUCUCUCGUUUUCUCGGCGUUCAUAGUUUAUGUACUUUUUCCAUUUUUAAAGAUCCCUGCUUUCUCCGUUUAGGCAACCGAAGUUUCAAAAUUUCCUCUCUAUCUCUCAUUUCAUAGCUAUAAUAUUCCUUUGCCGCUGUAAAGUGAGUGUUUUCUGUUUUUUUUUUUUUUGGUGUGUGAGCGUAAAUGGCAAAUGCAUCUGGGUUUUUCUCACCUCCAGUUCCGAGGAUGAGGAGAAAUAUUCAGCCUUCAAUAGGCAUUUUUCGAUCUGGGUUUUGCUUCUCUGAAGGAAACUUUAGAAGGGUUGUCUGCUCAAGUGGCAUUGAAGGUGCAGAGAAGCAUGUUUCCCCUUCUGAAUCUCGAUUACCCAAGCUUGUCAGUAAAGGCUGCAAGUUGGUUGGCUGUGGGUCAGCAGUGCCAGCUCUUUCAGUUUCCAAUGAUGAUCUUGCAAAAAUAGUUGAUACUUCUGACCAGUGGAUCUCUGUCCGCACUGGAAUACGAAAUCGACGGGUUAUUUCAGGAAAAGAAAGUUUAAAAAACCUAGCGGUUCAAGCGGCAAGGAAAGCUCUUGAAAUGGCAGAUUUUGAUCCUAACGAUCUUGACCUAAUCUUGAUGUGCACAUCUACUCCAGAAGAUCUUUUUGGUGCUGCUCCACAGGUCCAAAGAGAGCUUGGCUGCAGAAAAACUCCUUUAGCUUAUGAUAUUACUGCUGCAUGUAGUGGAUUUGUGCUUGGUUUGGUCUCAGCUGCUUGCCACAUUAGGGGAGGUGGGUUUCAUAAUGUUUUAGUGAUUGGAGCUGAUGGUAUUUCUCGGUUAGUUGAUUGGACUGAUAGAGGUACAUGCAUUCUCUUCGGGGAUGCUGCUGGUGCUGUUCUAGUUCAGGCCUGCGAUGCUGAGGAAGAUGGUUUAUUAAGCUUUGACUUGCAUAGUGAUGGUGAGGGUGGAAGACAUCUUGGUGUCCCCAUAAAUGACAAUAAAACCAGUGAUCUGUUGGGUUCUAAUGGUUCAGUGUUAGAUUUCCCUCCAAAAAGAUCUUCUUAUUCCUGCAUACAGAUGAAUGGCCAAGAAGUUUUUCGCUUUGCUGUGCGAUGUGUGCCACAAUCAAUUGAGUCUGCCUUGGGAAAAGCUGGUCUCGUUGCCGCCAGCAUUGACUGGUUAUUGCUUCAUCAGGCAAACCAGAGGAUUAUUGAUGCAGUUGCAACACGUUUAGAAUUCCCACAGGAAAAGGUCAUAUCAAAUUUGGCAAAUUAUGGUAAUACUAGUGCUGCAUCCAUUCCUUUGGCAUUGGAUGAAGCUGUUAGAAGUGGAAAGGUAAAACCAGGCCAUACAAUUGCAACUGCAGGUUUUGGUGCAGGUUUAACUUGGGGUUCUGCUAUUAUUAGAUGGGGAUGAAAAAUUGCCCUGUAGCGAAAUUAACCGUGUAGAAAAGAAGAGAAAUUCUUAUGAAGUGCAGCUCUCCAGUACCUACAUCCUGAUCCAAAAGCACGCAGAUAAUGGCAGUUUGCGCUUGCAAUCUCCAUUUUGUUUGUUCGAAGUCUGUUAUAUUUUGGUUGUUGCACUGCAAAUAAAAUUUUAUUAUUUUUCCUCAAGCCUUCUAACUUUUAGUUUUUCUGCCCUGUGGAUCACCAUAAUGAGCACUGUAAUACUAAUCCCUUUUACCCCUUUGUGUCAAACGUGGGCAGAAGUAUGUUACGGCUGAGCAAAGACGGGAGUCCUCCAAUGCACAUUUUUUCUGUUCUUUACCAGGAUUGAUUCU